AGAUGCGGGCACAACUGGCAUGACUUACGUCAGAUUUGAACGGUGUCACUACUGUCAGACAGUCAGCUUAUAAUCUUUGGCUAGCAACUCUCUGCAAGCUCCCAACCAGACAUCUGCAUUCUACUGAUAUGACCAGCAUUUCUCCUGGAUGAGACUGACAAGAGGUUCAUGUUGCCUUGACAAACUAGAGGAUUACUUAGACCCCGCAUGUCGUACCACCGAGGUCCCCGCAGUAGUCCGAAGUAUCCGUAAGCUGCAUACGAGUCGAGCGAUUAUUAAUGCUACAACCCAACCUAUUUAUCAACCAAACACUCUACACCCACAAUCUAAACAGAGACCUAGCUGCCAUCAUGGACGCCUUCAAAGCUGGAGACAUCACACACAAAAACGGCCAAACAACCCACUACUACGAGGCAGGUACUCGUGAUGGAAUACCUCUCAUCUUCAUCCAUGGCUGGCCGGACAUGGCUGAGUCCUGGAAGCACCAGCUCAAACACUUUGGAUCAGAAUCAGCUGGCGCAGAAUAUCGCGUUAUCGCGCCGGACAUGCGCGGCUACGCCGGCUCCUCCGGCCCCAAGGACAAACGCGCAUACUCGCUCGAAACACUGGUGGGCGAGCUUGUAGACUUCGCUGAGCAGCUCGGAGUCACAAAGGCAGUAUGGGUUGGCCACGACUGGGGCUGCGGCGUUGUCAACGCGCUCGCUGCACACCACCCUGAGCUAUUUCUCGGGCUUGCAGUUCUCUCAGUACCCUACCGAUCGAUCGAACUGGGAGUCGACUUUCUCGUUGCCAAUGUCAAUCGAGAAAUUUACCCUGAGGAUCAAUACAAAUACGGCCAGUGGGAUUACAUGAAGUUCUAUGAGCUAGAUCCAGUCAGAAGCGCUCGAGAUCACGAAAGUGUCUUGGAGAAGCUUUCCAAGGCGCUGUAUCUCCCGCACAACCCAGAAAACUACGGGAAGCCAAGCGCGCUGACUUCCACGGUAAUCAAGGACGGAGGUUGGUUCGGCGGAAAGCCCGAGUCGCUCCCAGACGUGCCGCUCGAGUACACCUUCAUUGAUCAACAGCUCUACGACAAUUCAGUGGCUAGCCACAAGAAGCACGGGUUCUUUCCGCCAACUGCGUACUAUUUAAACCACGAUGUCAAUGCUGAGUAUGCGAAAAGCGAGAAGAAUGGAGGCGUGUUGGAGUUUCCAGUGUUGUUUAUCGACGCCAAGCACGAUGCUGUUUGUUCGCCGAGUACGAUGCCUAAGAUAGCUGAGAGCCAAAGGGGUGCAGUGAAAGAUCUGACUUAUGAGACCAUUGAGUCGGGACAUUGGGUGCAGCUGGAGAAGCCGGCAGAAGUCAACAAGGUGUUGGAAACAUGGCUCGACAACAACGUGCAGUACAAAUGCUGAAUUGCGGGACGGAAUGGGGGUUUGAUAGCACCGUUCUAGCCUCCAUUAACAGCGUACUCAACGACUGUAGCAGCUUAAAUCCCGAGUUGUUCAGAUUUGUGGCUAAAUCAGAAUUGUAUGUGAAACAGUAGCAAAACAAGGCGAACCAAUGGUAGCCAUGGCACACCCUGAUUUGUGAUCUUCCUUGGUACACGAUGUGGCGCACAACAAGUGGUCAAUUCAAAAGUGUAAAGAGUUUGGUCCCCGGUGCGGCAAGUGGGGUUCACGGGAAAGCCAACCGAAGAAAG